CGCCGGCGGCGCGCCCCUAGCAACCGCCGCCGCCAUGCCGGUGUGGCUGCGGGACUACAGCUGGCGGCAGACCGACUCGGCCGUGUACCUCUCGCUGCCGCUGCGGGGCGCUCGGGCCACCCCGGCCAACAUCUUCUGCACCGACCGGUACCUCAAGGUAAGCAUCCCUCCCUUCUUAUUUGAAGCAGUUCUAUAUGCUCCUAUUGAUGACACAAAUAGCACAGCAAAGAUUGGAAAUGGAAUCAUUUUCUUCACUUUGUACAAAAAAGAAAUUGCCAUGUGGGAUUCACUAAUGAUGGAAAAUGCUAACAAGGAAAAACUGCAGUAUCUAAGAGAGAGUGCUGUUCUAAAAGCCCAUGAAAAAGCAAAAGAGGAGGCAGAAGCAAAAAAAGUUACAAAACAGGAACACAAAAAAUAUGCUUUGGAGGCCACGAUGAAGCUAGAAGAAGUGGAAAGAAAAAGAAUUGAAAAUCUGAAAGAACAGGAACGGCAAAAGGUCACUAGGGAAUUGGAGUUGUGGAAAAAACAGCAAACAGAUAUUGCGAGACAAGAAAGGAUACAAAGAGAAAGGGAACUACAUCAAGAAGUAGAACAACUAAAGGAGAGGCAAAAGCUAAAAAUAAACAAACUUAGGAUUCCUAAUGAAGGAACUUCUACUAAAGGUCCUCGUUCUGAUAGUAUGUUUUCAGAGAAUUUAAAAGAAGAACUGUUACCAGCACCUCGAUCUGCUGGUACAAUUAAAAUCAACUUUACGUCACGAGUUUUUCCUACAGCUCUACGUGAGUCUCGGGUAGCAGAAGAGGAAGAGUGGCUACAUAAGCAAGCAGAAGCUCGAAGAACAAUAAAUGCUGAUUUGUCUGAGCUGGAAGACUUAAAAGAAGAUGAAAAGAAUCCAGAUUGGUUAAAGGACAAAGGAAACAAAAUGUUUGCAACAGGAAACUAUUUGGCAGCUGUAAAUGCAUAUAACCUUGCAGUCCGGCUAAACAAUAAGCUUCCAGUACUGUAUCUGAAUCGUGCUGCUUGCCACCUUAAAUUGAGAAAUUUACACAAAGCCAUUGAAGAUUCCUCUAAGGCACUAGAGUUACUGACACCACCUGUUCCUGAUAAUGAGAAUGCUCGAGUAAAAGCAUAUGUGAGACGUGGAACAGCAUUUUGUCAACUGGAAUUAUAUGCUGAAGGUCUCCAGGAUUAUGAAGCAGCUCUCAAGAUUGAUCCUAAAAAUGAAACCAUAGAAAAAGAUGCUGAGAAGAUUCGACAAAUAAUUCAAGGAACAUUGCAAGACUCAUGAAAAAAAGAAAAAAAAAGUAAGAAAUUUUGAGGAGAAGGAAUUUUGGUUCACAUUCUGCCCAGAACAUUGUUAACUAGGCAUUUUGCUGUUACACUCAGAGCAACUACAAAAUUAGUAAAUGAUUAGAUAUGUGUUACAGUUUUGUGGGAAGUAUAAUAGUGUAAGAGAUAUUUGGAUAUGUUUUAUAGCAUUUUGAGUCAAACCUGUCAUGUAUUUACUUUCUGUGAAAGAUUGUAUCAUCUGAAUAAUAAAGCAUUUUUUUGGGACUUUAUUUAAAAUUACUCAUAAUUAAACAAAAUAUUUGUCUGGAAAUAUUCACUGAAUCUAAAGAGUGGAUUUUUAAACAACUUCAGUAGCUACAUAUGGUCAACACUGUUAACUUUUUUUUUCCUCCACCAGAGCUGAAAUGGUUAUGUGGUCAUGGACGUUAGUGGAAAUAUCUGUUGUGAAAUACGAAAUUUCUAAAUGUAUUUCAUGUACUUCUGACAUUUUAUAUGGAUUUGCAAUAGGAAAUAUUCCAAAAUAUAUCUGCUUAAAAGUCUCAGACUUCAGGAUUUGGUGUUAUAUAAACAGUUUGAAUUUUUGUGCCUGUUGAGCACUCAGAAUUCCUGCAGAAGACAGAAAGUCAGUCUAUCUGUCUGUCUGUGUGUGUGUGUGUGUGUGUGCGCGUGCUUUCCUCUUUUCUUAGUGUUUGUACUGUUUGGCACAUCUGAAACUAAAGUAUUGUAUUGAGAUGUUUUAAUUCAGGCACCCAAUCUGGAAAAUCUAAGCCUGAAAGGUUACAGGUAAUUUUAUGCACUGCAGAACAUACUUUUUAGCAGUAAGCAAUGUACAUUAAAUAUUUACAGUCUAUUUUGAAAGAA